GCUGCCAUCACGGAGAGACCACAGGAACCCCCCUUGGGCCCUCCGUGUCCCCUUGACGGGGCUUUCUGGACUCGAAGACCCCCUCACGCACCCCAGCAAGGGUGCUUUGCCUGCAUCUCCAAGACACCCCCUAUACAGCAAGGAUCACCUGUGCUGUCUCCAUCUUCUGCUGUUUGCCUGAUGGAGAAUAAGAGCUGCAAAGGGGAUAGCCUGAGACCACCGGUCCAAUGCAAACACUCCGUCGAGAAGAAAACGAUGACUAAUCCCACUGCUGUAAUUGAAAUCUACCCAGACACCACUGAAGUGAACGAUUACUAUCUCUGGUCCAUCUUCAACUUUGUAUACCUCAAUUUCUGCUGUUUGGGCUUCAUUGCCUUGGCAUAUUCUCUGAAAGCCACCUUCUUCUUUGGGAAAAUAAGAAUAGGAAGGGAUGAAAGAAACCGCUGCUACUCAUAUCACCCAGGCAAAGAAGAGGCGAGCAAUGUUCCACUGGGACUCAUAAACUACAAGAUUCAACAGGAAGACAGUACAGAAAACAAAGGAGAAAUGGAACAUGUUCCUUUUGGAUCCUCUACUGUAUGUUCUUUUCUAGUUGAUCCUUCCAAGGUUCGAGAUAAAAAACUCCUCAACGAUUUGAAUGGUGCUGUUGAAGAUGCCAAGACAGCCCGCCUUUUUAACAUUACCAGCUCGGCACUUGCCACCUUCUGCAUCAUCCUUGUCUUUAUCUUCCUACGAUACCCACUCACUGACUACUAAAACAUGGCCCAGCAAUUGAUGCUCAAAGUCCUCCAUGCCAGAAGUAGCUGCCACGGAGUUUCUUACAUAUGGGACACAAACAACAAAACUCCCACAUAGCCCCCUCUUAACGGCAGAUGCCCCCUCCCUCAAUACUAAAAGUAUGCCCUAAGCUUCACCAUACACCCAGCCCCUGCCCCCCCCCCCACCUGCCCCCCAGCCUG